AUGGAGAAACCCGAUGUGGGUUUCGAAAUCCGGCGUCGAUUUCUUCCGUUCAUCCUGAUUAUCUCGUCUGUUUCAGUCAUCAACGUCCACUCUCAGUCGAGUUCUAACGAUGCUGCUGUAAUGCAGGCUCUAAAGAAAAACCUACAACCACUGAGUUCACUCGACUGGUCCGACCCCAAUCCAUGCAACUGGAACAAUGUCAAAUGCUCCAAAGACAACCGGGUCACCGGAAUUCAACUCGGACACCAGAAUCUCAAAGGCAAUCUCCCUCAAACCCUUAAUAACCUCACUCAACUCCAGGUUUUGGAGUUUCAACACAAUCAACUCACCGGGCCACUCCCGAGUCUCUCUGGGUUGACUCAGCUCCAUAACCUCUUACUCAAUAACAACAAUUUCUCUUCAAUUCCCAUCGACUUCUUCGACGGUAUGUCCUCUUUGCAGAACAUUUAUCUUGAUUACAAUGCUUUUACUGCAUGGUCUAUAUCGGAAAAUCUAAAAACUGCAUCCAAUUUACGAAUGUUCUCGGCCACCUCUACUAAUCUCACCGGAAAAAUCCCGGAUUUUUUCGGUGCUGAUACUUUCUCCGGGUUAAUUACUCUUCGUUUAGCUUCGAAUUCUCUUGAAGGCAGGUUACCGGAUUCGUUUUCGGGUUCUUCAAUACAGAGUCUUUGGUUAAAUGGACAGAAAAGUACUUUUAGGCUUAAUGGUAGCAUCGACGUUCUACAAAACAUGACACAAUUGACUGAAGUGUGGCUUCAUACAAACUCCUUUUCGGGUCCUUUACCUGAUUUUUCAGGCUUGAACAAGUUACAGAAUUUAAGUUUAAGAGAUAAUAGCUUCACAGGUCCCGUGCCACCAUCUUUGUUAAGUUUGAAGUCUUUAAAAACCGUCAAUUUGACCAAGAACAUGUUACAAGGUCCAACGCCUAAAUUCAAUGAUUCCGUUGCUGUAGACAUGAUCGGAAUCGAGAGUUUUUGUUUGCCUAAUCCCGGAGUUCCUUGUGAUUCCCGUGUCAAUACGUUACUUACAGUGGCGGAAUCAGUAGGUUACCCUCGAGUUUUUGCUAAUAAUUGGAAAGAUAAUAAUCUCACUGGAGUUAUACCCAAUGAACUCAAAGAUUUACCUAAUCUUAUUGAAAUAGACGUCUCAAACAAUCAUCUUUCCGGUCAAAUCCCAUCUUUUAGAGAAAACGUUAAGGUAAAAACUGAAGGAAACACCAACAUAGGGAAAGAUGAUCCUACUGUUACAGCGAUUCCACCUUCUAAUGGUGUAUUGGGCAGUGGCGGCACUAGUGGCAAAACUCCGGGCACUCUGGUGGUUGUGGGGUCUGUGAUCGGUGGUGUUUGUGUGGUUUUCUUGGCUGGAUUGUUAGCUUUUUGUGUUUACAAAGCAAAAAAGAAUCGUUCUAGUUCUAAUGGUCCCGGUAAUCCGCCAUGUCAGCAUACAAUGGUGAUACACCCUCGCCACUCGGGAUCCGAUGGCGACGGGUUCAAAAUCACGAUUGCUGGUCAAACUAACGCCGGCGGGUCAACCGAAACAAAUAGUCAUCAUACAAGUGGCGACGUUCACAUCGUUGAAACGGGCAAUAUGGUAAUUUCAAUCCAAGUUCUAAGAAACGUAACGAACAACUUCAGCCCCGAUAACAUCCUCGGAAAAGGCGGAUUUGGAACGGUUUACAAAGGGGAAUUACACGAUGGAACCAAGAUUGCGGUCAAAAGAAUGGAAUCAGGAGUCAUGAGCGAAACCGGAAUCACCGAAUUCCAAUCCGAGAUCUCCGUGCUCACCAAAGUCCGGCAUCGGCAUCUCGUCGCCCUUCUCGGAUAUUGUUUGGAUGGAAACGAGAGGUUACUUGUGUAUGAAUAUAUGCCUCAAGGGACACUUAGUCGGUUUCUUUUUAACAAAGGAAAUGAAGAUUUGAAACCACUUUUAUGGUCUAAAAGAUUGGUAAUUGCUCUUGAUGUUGCUAGAGGUGUUGAAUAUUUACAUGGUUUAGCACAACAAAGUUUUAUUCAUCGUGAUCUUAAACCUUCUAAUAUUCUUUUGGGCGAUGAUUUUCGUGCAAAAGUUGCGGAUUUUGGACUCGUUCGCCUCGCCCCAGAUGGUAAAGGCUCCAUUGCUACUAGAUUAGCGGGGACUUUUGGCUAUCUUGCACCGGAAUACGCAGUGACGGGUCGGGUGACAACGAAGGUGGAUGUGUUUAGUUUUGGGGUGAUCCUCAUGGAGCUAAUAACGGGGCGACAAGCACUGGAUGAAACCCAACCGGAAGAAAGUGUGCAUCUGGUUCAAUGGUUUAAAAAAAUGCAUAUAAACAAUGAUACAUUUAGAAACGCGAUUGAUCCAUCACUUGAGCUUGAUGAAGAUGGUUUAGCCAGUGUGACCACAGUGGCUGAGUUAGCGGGUCACUGCUGUGCCCGUGAACCGUAUCAGAGACCCGACAUGAGCCAUGCGGUCAAUGUUCUGUCAUCUUUGGCUGAGCUAUGGAAACCGUCUGAACCAGAUCCUGAUGAUGUUUAUGGAAUUGAUCUGAAUACAAGUUUGUCUCAAGUGGUUAAGAAGUGGCAAGCGAUGGAGGGAAUAAGUGGGUUUGAUCAUUCAAUUGGGAAUACACAAACGAGUAUUCCGAUUGGGCCUUCUGGGUUUGGGGAUUCGUUUAUGUCGCAUGAGGGAAGGUGAGAUUUUAUUAGUUUUUUAAUUGGUUUGUUUGUUUAUUCUUUUUGAUGCUUUUUAUUUAGUAUUUAUCGUUUGUUUGAUUAUCAACCUCAUCAUGAACAUUUUGGAGUUGGUUUGAUUUGAUAUUUAUGAAAAGGGUG